UUGUAUUCGGAGAACGGUAAACCACACGGUCAAGCCAGCCAAUGGAAUGUGACUCGAAUUCCAGUCGCCGUCACAAAACGACACACAGAUCGCGCGAAAUUCAGUUCGAUGUGGGAGCAGAUUGAAAAUUUGGGUUCGAAAACCACACCGCAUUUAUGUCAACGACUUGGUUUAUAAUAAAAUUAAGAUUUAUUUCUCCUGUUUUUAUCCUGUCUCUCUUUUUUUGGUUAUAAAUUAUUUUAAAAAUUUGAAAAGUUUAUUAAAGUUUUGCUAACUUCCUUGGAAAUUUCAGGAAACACAAUUUCCAUUUUUUGUGCGAAAAAUAGCUAAAACGCAUUCUAGGCCCCAAAAAUUCCAAUGAUCUAUGCACCCCGCGGUAGAUCAAAAUUGAACAAUUUUCGGUGCUAUUGAUUUUUUCCAAUCUUCUCUCUUCUUUUGAUUUCUGCUGAACUUUUCUUUCUUUCUUGUCUGAAAUACUUAUAUUUUGUCUGAAAUUCUGAUGGAAACUGUUGCCAAAGGUGUGAAAGCUGUAGGCAUAUUGUUGAAGGUGUGAAAGCUGUGGGCGAUAUAAAGAACGGUUUCCAUCAGACUCUGGUUCUCUCGUUUUUUUUUGUUCUGAAAAAUUGAAACUGUUGCCAAAGGUGUGAAAGCUGUGGGCAUAUUGUUAAAGGUGUGAAAGCUGUAGGCGAUAUAAAGAACGGUUUCUUUUUUUUCGAACUAUCUUCUGCAUCUUCUCUCUUUUCUUUAUUCUCUCUUUCUUUCAACAAUGGCGUGGCUGUAAGUCGAAGAUGUGUGAUUUCCAAGGUUUGAAUUUCACUUUUUGUCAGAAUAUAAUAAUAAUAAUGUUAUUUUUGCAGUUGAGAUCUCGUCAUCGUCGAAUCGAGGAAAUUUCAAGAGAAAAUAAUGGGACAAGUGAGGUGAAUAUUUCUCUCGAGUCUCUUUCAAACCCGUAGAGCUGAGCAGGUUCCACAAGAUAUUUAGAUAGUUGGGAACUAAAAUUCCCUCGAUAAGUACAGUAGUUUUUUUGCGCGUAAAGUUAGGUGUGUGUGUUGCUUUGCAAAAGACCACCCGGAUUGUUUUUUUUUGAUUUUCGAAAGACCUCCCAGAUAAUUCUUCAUUUUCGAAAAACCCAGUUUAUUUCUAGUUUUUAAAGGACCACCCAGUUUAUUCUUCAUUUUCGAAAGACCACCUAGAUUAUUUCUAGUUUUCAAAGGACCACCCCGUUUACUUUUAGUUUUCAACAGACCACCCAUAUUAUUUUAUGCUUCAUUUGUCCCAUGAAAGACCGCCUAACUCGUUAAUGAAAUCUAUACAUUUUCAGAUUGUCCGAAUUUGCCAGUGGUUUCGGAUUGAUCGAUCGGUUGUCUUGCAGACUCACAAUUUGGACAUGGAAAUUGCUCCAUGA